AUGUCCAGCGGCAAAGUGGCACUCCUGGGCGACAAUGUGGAAAUCCUCGACUACAAACCCGAGGGCGAGGCUCCCACCGCAGAGCAGUUUCCAGCGGCGGGUGCAGAAGACGAGAGCCCCCCCAUGUCCAUGGUGUUCACCGUCGAUGAUUUGCUGGACAACAUCGCCACAGCAGAUCCGGCGGAACUGGAGCGGGCCUACAACACCGGACGUGUCUCUCUGGAGGAUAUCGUAGAAGCGGCCCAUCUGUCGUCCGAUUCCCCCCUUUUCGUUCCUCCUUUCUCGCUCCCGCCGGAAGACAGAUUAAUCCUCUUGCCCCACGACGAGUUUAUGGCGUACCAAAGGUUGAACGAGAUGUGGUGCGACGGUCUUGCCGGGAAGAUAGCAGAGGCGGAGGCGCGAGAGCAGGCGAAGCGCGAGGACGCGGAGCGCUUGGCGGAACGGGAGGCUGCUCUGGCCGCUGCGGCGAGGAAGCAGGAGGAGGAGCGUGAGGCUGUUCGGGUUGCUGCGGCGAGAAAGCAGGAGGAGGAACGUGAGGCUGCUCUGGCUGCUGCGGCGAGGAAGCACGAGGAGGAGCGUGCGGCUGUUGNUCUGGCCGCUGCGGCGAGGAAGCAGGAGGAGGAGCGUGAGGCUGUUCGGGUUGCUGCGGCGAGAAAGCAGGAGGAGGAACGUGAGGCUGCUCUGGCUGCUGCGGCGAGGAAGCACGAGGAGGAGCGUGCGGCUGUUGUGGCGGAGCGUGAGGCGUAUCUCCAAGCGGCUAGGGCGAAGCAGGGGGCGCUCCGAUGAAGGAGCUGGAGCCCCGCCACCAGGACCCGCGAGCAGCCCCCCAUCCCCGUCGCCGUGUUAUCGUCCUCCCCCCCACGCAAUCCCAGGUGCACCUUGGUUCCCAUCGUACCGCCUCGCCGCACGAGAAGGAGCGCGAGGUGGCGGAGUCUCCGACGAACGAGCAGGAGCGGAAGAGGACAGCGACUCCAGAGUUUUCGGUGACUUUGGGUCUUUCGGCUGGUGCUGAAGACGGAGCAUCGUUCGCGGCGGCAACCAAGGUGUACGAGUUCCACGUUGAAGAUACAGCGUUCCUGUCCCGCCCGCUGAAGAUGCCUGCAGAAGGUGUCACCUUCCACGACGAGGAUAAAUUGGCAGCUCUUUCUGCAUGGGCUGGCAUCAAACAACUUGUCCGUGCACAUUUCCCCCCACCGCACACCGUUGCUUUCGGGCACAUCUACCACACACCGUACCUCGCGAUAUUCCGCCUUCUUCGCGGCAGUCCCUGUUCCAGCUGUUGUUCGCUCUCCGUCGUGCCAACUUUCAUGAAGGUUCUCAAGGAACGUCGGUGGUGACCCUGGAGGGAGGACUCCAGCUGCCUCUUGCUCGUGUUGCUUCGACCAACGACUUCAAGCACGAUCUACAAGCCCCCCGGCAGGCCUCUUCACGCCCUGCACAUGGUUCUGGAGAGGACAAGGAUUUCAGUCGGUCGGCGGCUCCGGUGUCCAAGAGCUGGAAGAACCGUUGGGGCGACCGGGAUUCGACGGCCAAGAGCAGGACCGACGACCACCGCCGCUCCACCCAAUCUUCGCGAGGGCGCGGCGUCGGAGAUAACAGGCGAGGGCGAACCGUGGGGAACCAGCCUACGAGGUCUUCGCCGGCGAGUCGCCAUCGCCGGAGCAGGAGUCGGAGCGCAGAGCGACAACAGCGCACCAAUCCUUCGUCUAGGCGUGGGCGCAGCCGGAGCGGAGACCGUCGUGGGAGAAACACGCCUCCGUCUAGGCGUAGCCGUAGCCGGAGCCAGAACCAGAGCGGGCGCCAUAGCAAGGCGACCAGCACUGACAGCAGUCGCGGUGGGAAAGGGCGACGGAGGUCAGGCCACGGUAACAGGCAAGUGAUGUAUGAUC